UCUUGAUUCAAUAUUUCACGCGCGUUUCUGUGAAUGAAUAUUUAAAUAAAACACAAUAAGUGUAUUUAUAAUGUGAGGCUGCGUGUUAAUUUUUUAUGUGAUGAAUUGUGCCGAAUUUGUGAUGUGAUUACAUUUUGACCGCACUUUUUCAGAUGACACUACAAGAGCAAGAUGAGGAUACGACGAAAAAUACACGAUAAAAAAUACAAGAUACUUUAAAGGAUGGUUCAGUGAUAAACAUGAUAGAAGACGGUAGCCGCGACUCAAAGCGCGCUUACCAAAAAUCCGAAAUAAUUGAAGAACCUAAUUGCUGCUUUGAAGCCAUCGACGAUACCAAACUCUUCUGCUGCAGAUGCGCUCACAAGAAACGAGCGUCACCUCUCACCUGUCUUGCGAUAUGCUUCCUCGUUCUCACUUACAACCUCCUGGGUGGAUUCCUCUUCCUCGCAAUAGAAGGAAAUACAGUGAUAGAAGAAACUGCUGUAGCGGAAUCGAAGCCAAAUUUAAGUUCACAAGAAAGCGGUGACUUGCGCUCGAAAACGGUGGAGAAGCUCUGGUCAAUAACGGAAGAUCUUAAUAUUUUGUACAAGGAGAACUGGACGAAAUUGGCUGCAAAGGAGUUGAUGGAUUUUCAGAAGGUUCUCAUGAAGUCGAUACAUGGCGUCGAAGUUGGUCAGAUACACUUCGAUGACGCCGAGUAUCGGUGGACAUUUGCUGGCAGUUUUCUUUAUGCCCUGACGCUAAUUACUACAAUUGGUCAUGGUAACGUGGCGCCGAAGUCGUCUACGGGAAAGAUAGUGGCAAUUGUGUACGCGUGUGUGGGUAUACCGCUCAUAAUGCUCUAUCUCUCCACCAUCGGUGAGGCACUCGCAAGGAACUUCCGUUCCCUUUACUCCAGAAUGUGCCCAUCGCGUCUCAGAAGUGGAGACUUCCACUCAAAAGCCGAGUGUUUGCGCUACACCUUACCAGUAGCGGAGUGCGAGAGAAACGAAAUGAUUUUCGAUCGUCAAAAACGAACACCUUUCACAGCCGCCCUCAAUCUUGACAAUUUUAACAGCGGUUAUCAUUGGACGUGUCGGGACCAUACACGAGUGCCAAUUAUUCUUAGUUUACUAUUGAUUGCCUUGUACAUAGCAUUAGGUACUUUUAUAUUCCAUUCAACGGAAAAGUGGAACUUUAUUGACGGCUGUUACUUUUCAUUAUCAAGCCUCGCGACGAUAGGGUUCGGUCAUCUUAAGCCGGGACUGUACGCCAGCACAGUAUCAGCAAAAGCUGAGGACAUUGCUGUGGGAGUGUGUUGUAUCUAUAUAUUGGUGGGGAUAGUUAUAGUAGCAAUGUGUUUUAAUUUGAUACAGGAGGACAUGAGCGUAGCCGUGCGUGGCUUCACCGCUCUGUCGAUGGGUAGCGCUAAGUCCCGAGCAGUACACAGUGAAGCGUGUGAUGAAAAGAUAGCAAUGGCUGUCGUCUCUUGACACAGGGAGACGGCCGACGGGCCGUCUAUAAAUUGUCACGAUAAACGACCCCAAGUUACUUUCAAAAUAGACAGUUCGAAUCCGACAAAAUUCAAUAGUUUGCCAAGGAGGAAAUCUACGGCGUACGGCGAGGAAAGUUUUCAGAGGAAUACGCCAGUUCGCCGUUCAGCGGGUCACGUUGAUCGAUGUAUAGAGUACUUUGUGCCAAGAAGUCUGAGUGAGUUUAACUUAAGUGGGACGGGUGGUGGGGAGUUCUGUACGGUAAGUACUUUUGGCGACAAGAGCCGGAGAGAUCGGAGGGAUAAAAUGGUGACGUUUGAGGACGAUCGGUCUGACACCGGCCGCACACUACCGGACGAUGUGUUUAUGUGACUGUACACACACAUAAGUAUGUUGAAAUAAACACCGUUUAUUACUUAAUAAAGUUUUACACUUA